UCCGUCACGUGUCCCAGCGUUCCAGGAGCCUCAGGAUGUGGAUGAUCCCAGGCACUUGCUCGCAGUCCGUCCCGCAGCUCCAGAGGUCCCCUCCGCCGGCUUGGACAUCCUACCCUGUUCGUGGGCUCCGGCUGGAUCGGAUUCCUGCUCUGCUUCCCGCUCUCACCUUUUACCAUUCUCUGACCGUAAAAUCCAUCCCUUUCCUGAAAUGCAGAGCGAUGCACUUGUCCAAUGAAGUUUUUCCAGGCGGGAUUCAAAUUCCGAACAAGCCUUUCAUUUCCUCCGCACUGGGGGGAGAGCGAAGGCAGGGAGGCGAAGGAAAGCGCUCGCUUCCUUUAAAUCCCCACCAGCGUCUUCCCAGCGCUGGAAGCGAAGGAGCUUGUCAUGCUGAUCUUCGGAGUUUAACUUUAGAGGGGGAGGGAGAAAGUGGAAAGCAAACUGAAUGCUGUAGUGGAGAUUUCUCUCUUCCCCCACUGGGCCCCUUGCCGACUGUUUUUAUUGAUUUCAAUCACUGGAGGCUCGCUGGCUCUCAGAAGAAACACUGUGUAAUGUGUUCUUUCCUGGCUUUCAUUAAAGAAACUCAAUGCAGUGCGGUCACGCUGCCGAGCUCGCCUGGCAACCUGCCUACACCCUGUGGUACCUCUUUCAUUGGAGGAGAUCGAGCUCGUGGUUUGGGGCUACAAAAGAAGAGGAAGAGCUUAUUGCAGAGGAAGAGGAAGAACUUACUCCAGAGGAAAAGAGGAAACUGGAAAGAAAAUUAAAAAAAGAGCGCAAGAAGAAAGAGAAGCAGCUGAUGAGGGAAGCUGGAAUCCCCAUAAAAAAGGUGGAGCCCAAAAAGCCAUCGGGAUGUGAGCGAGCUCUGGCCUAUUUAACCAGCUGGUCUAAAAACCCAGAAGAAUGGAAAUUUCAGAAGACAAGACAGACAUGGCUUCUCCUGCACAUGUAUGAUAAAGAGAAGGUUCCAGACAAGUAUUUCACCAUUUUACUGGAUUAUCUGCAAGGGCUUCAGGGCAAUGCACGAGACAAAACUGUGCAGAAAGCUGAAGCUUUUAUGAAGGAAUUUGAUGGUUCUGAUGGAGAAGACCCAAACCUGCUGGGGAAGUGUGAGCGCAUCAGACAAGUUCUACAACUGCUGUCCUGAGAGUAUUUCUGUGUCAUAAUUGUUUGGUGGAGGGAAGGAGAGCAUGUCACAUACAGAGGCUGUAAAGGAUUUGUAAAGAUAAUGCUAAAUUUUAUACUCGUAAUUUUUUUCCAAUUGAAAAUAUUUAUCAUGUUUUGAGGUGAUGAAAUAAAAAUAACAUAUAUAGCCCAUAGUAUUGCUAUUAAUCUUAUUGCACCUCUUUAGAAGAAUAAACCUCUCUCCCUCUCCUUAGUUUUUCUCCAUUUCCCCCUCUAAUUACUGUUAAAUAUGAGGAACAUUGCAGCUCUUAAUAUGAAGAGCAAAGGAACCAACAUAAAGCCUGGAGGGUCUUUUACAAUGGCAGCUUUUAAAAUGAGUGUACAGUAGAGUGCAUGCUCAGCCAGCUGUAAUCUCUCACUUUCAGCUUCAGAAGAAUGUCACUUGGAUCUGGGAAAGGUCAUUUUCAGUCUGUUGAACACAGGUUGUAUAACACAGUUGCUUAUUAGUACUUCACAUGAUGAUCUGGAGAUGCCAUCAGCUUUGUUGGUUUUCUUUUUAUAUUUUCAAGUUUUCAAAUGCAUUAGGGCAAUUGUUUAGAUACUCAGAUAAUGCACAGAUGGGAACAGAUCAAAUCCUUGACUAUAUGUGGUGAAAUCAUCACAUUGUAGCUAAAAUUAGCCUACAAUCAGAAGUGCUGUGCUGUUUCCAGCCUGCCAGUAUUGCAUUUUCCUCUUCCUCUUGCAACUGGCAUCCAAAAGAGUUAAUUCAUGUUCAUUCCUUUUGGCAGGGGACAUUUGUCACUUAUGAACAUGCUGAAAGUGAGGCUUUCAAGUAAAAACCAAGGACAUUAAUUACUCAAAGUUGGAUGAUUGGCUUAUUUAAUAACACUGGUUUUCAUACAGAGUUCUUGACCUGAUUCUUUAAUGUUUCUGCAAACAUUGUUCAUACUUUAUUAAUAACAACGAUAUGAAAUGUGUGGUGGUGUAGAAGAGUGGCUGUCUUUGGGAAUUACAUCUUUAAUUUUUGGUUGAAGAAGGGGAGGAUCUGUGGAUAUGCAGGCCUGAUUUCCAAUAAGAAGCAUUUGAGUGGAUUUGACAGCUUUCAUCGUCAUGGCUUAGUACAAAUCUUUGAAAGUAUGAAAUGUAUUACUAAUAACAAAUAACUUACACUUUCUGACUUACUGAGAAGGAUGUUUUCAGCCAAAAAAGACUAGAAACCAGCAUGCCCUCCUCUAAAAGAAUAACUGGGAUGGAGUUUGGCACAAGAAGGGGCAGAAUUGAGCGGCAGUGUCCAGGUUCUUCAUUGAGCUGCUGACAGUGCCUCUGGGCACAGCUGGAUGAAGGCUGCAGAGGAGAGAGCCAAAGCCUUUCUGAGCUGUAUAGCACUGAUCUUCCUCUGAGAAACCUGGUGAAAAGGAUCUGUAAUAAAAAGAAGUGAUCCUGACAUUUAGUGAACUCAUAAAGAUCAUUUGGGUCAUAUAUUUUACAUGUGAGAAUACGCAGCUGGGAAAAGCUGCUGUCCCUCCAAGCAGAAGCUGAUAUUUGUUUCUUUCCAUGAGGGAAAAUAGGAAUUUUUCAGGAAUGAAGUUUUCAAAGUAUCUUUUUGUGAGUUUAUCAUUCCAUCUUAGAUGUCAGAGAAGAAUUUUUGUUCUCCCUCAAGACACUUGAACAUCACCAUUUUUGAUUUCUCUGUCACACAAAAAUAUGAGUCCUCAUUGUGCACUCAACAUACCUCCUAGCUUAAAAGCACGAGCACAUUGCAACUGCACUUUGGAAAAGAAUUGUAAAAAAGAUGAUGAAGGUAAGAUUUGGGCAAAAAUAUGGGAACAUUUUAUGAUUUUGACAUAUUUGGCAAGAUUUGCCUUUUUUGGACCUUAGUUCUGACCAUGUAUAAAUGCUGACAAAUCUGUAAGAAGUGAAGCUUUGUAGAUCAAGAAUGUCAUGUUUCAUUUUAUAUCAAUUACUAUCAAAA